CUCCUCGCCGCCGGCAGCCGCCUCGGUCUUACCGGAGCGGACACGAAGGAAGAAGAGUCCUCUCCGCGGCGAGGGCCCCGAUGAACAUACUCGAGAGGAUACGCGGGAGCGGCGGCGAUAAGACGGCCGCGCUGGAGAUGCCCCGGAAGCUGGAGUCUUGGGUGGAGAUUUCCGAGUCCGUCUCGCGGCUCUGCACCUUCGACGCCGGCAACGGGGGCGGUGGCGGCGGCAUAUCUGUAAAAGUUAUCCAGGAUAACAGACUGGUACAUGAUAAGUUGGUUGAUUCUUUCUUGAACAAAUUCUUUCCGUCAGGCUAUCCAUACAGUGUAAACGAGGGCUACCUAACAUAUACCAAAUUCCGAGCACUCCAGCAUUUUUCUAGUGCUAUGCUGCAUGUGUUAUCAACCCAGUCUUUGUUAUUUGCUGCAGGUCUACGACCUACCCCUGCGCAAGCAACUGCCGUAAGUUGGAUUCUAAAAGAUGGAAUGCAGCACGCAGGAAAGCUCAUCUGUAGUGGCAUGGGGGCAAGAAUGGAUUCAGAGCCGAAGAGUUGGAGGAUAUUUGCUGAUGUUCUCUAUGAUUUUGGUACUGCCUUGGACUUCAUUUCACCAUUGUGUCCACAACUUUUUCUUGAAGUAGCAGGCUUGGGAAAUUUCGCAAAGGGAAUGGCUGUUGUUGCGGCUAGAGCGACAAGGCUACCAAUAUAUUCGUCUUUUGCCAAAGAAGGUAACCUUAGCGACUUGUUUGCUAAAGGGGAGGCCAUUUCGACACUUUUCAAUGUUAUGGGCAUAGGAGCUGGCAUUGGUCUAUCAUCUACUGUUUGUUCAACAACUCAAGGGAAGCUAAUUGUCGGCCCAUUGCUUUCUGCUGUACAUAUAUGGGGAGUAGUGCAAGAGAUGAGGGCCACUCCUAUAAACACACUUAACCCACAAAGAACAGCAAUGGUGGUGGCUGAUUUUAUCAAGAGUGGAAAGGUUUCAAGCCCAGCUGAGCUAAGAUACAGAGAAGACCUCCUGUUCCCAAAUCGGCUAAUAGAAGAAGCGGGAAGCGUGAAAGUCGGGCAACCACUUCGCAGGGUUCUGAGCCCAGGACGCGUGGAACAGCUGAGAGCUUCUUUCCCUGAGGAGAAGUUUUUGCUCAGCCCAAAGGGCGACAAGACCUACAUGGUCCUGGAGCAGAGUGCGACCGGGGAGGACGCGCUCCGGGGAUGGCUGGUCGCUGGCUUCGCUUCGGAGAUGGAGAGAUCAGGCGCUGGAUCGCGCGAUGCUGUCCUGAACGAUGCCUAUCAGAAGAUGGAGAGCGUGUUCCCCCUGUUCGUGUCGGAGGUUAAGAGCAGGGGCUGGUACACGGGCCAGUUCUUGGAUGGAAAUCACAGCCGAAUCGCGUACGCGAAAUCCGAGUAGCCGCUGCCCGUGCUGGGGGAGAGCACAAUCCUACCUAGAGUUUUCAGAGUUGGGGAAGAUCAGUUUUGUUUCACUACACACGUACGUUUGUUUGUUUGUUUAACAUUUUUUGGCUCAUCAUAGCGUCCACCAUUGUGGCCUACCGUUCAGUGCAGUGUAGUAGUAUUAUGUAUCGCGGAAAUUUGGUGAAUGUUCAGUCGAGAUGCUGCCGUGGCGGGA